AUGUUUAGCGACGACACCGUGGGUUCAAUCAGCGUCCAGUCACUAUGGCGACGGUCACAACAGUCUGCACAGGUCUCGACAAGCAGCCAGACCAGGCCGCUCCCGUGUGCAGACGCAGAGGUGCAGUCCGUGACCAGCAGCGUCUGCUCCACACAAACAGAGUCCCAGGGCCAACACGCUCAUACAUACGAACUAAACAACAAGGAUCUGCACAAACCAGAAUUAAAGCAAUUUCUGGAUCGAGUGGUGGAUAUGGUCAUCCUGGAGCUAGUAACAAAUGCUAAAAGUCACGCAUUUGACGGUUUUAAAGUCAACUGGGACGAUCAUAACAAACUGAUUUCACGUGUUCAUAAUCUUUCAUUUCCCAAAGCCCAGGAGAGAGGUCUACAUGUCACAUGUGUGUCUUGGAAUUGUACUGGUUCUGUUAUUGCCUGUGGAUUUGGCCGGAUUGAUGAUGGGGAAUGGACCACGGAGAAGUCUUUUGUUUGUACAUGGAACCUCAACAGAAAAACCCUGAGUCCCUCGCAGGCUGAUCUGGUUAUUGAUGUCCCUACAAUAGUUACUGCUCUGUGCUGUCACCCAGACCAACCAGCCCUCAUAGCAGGUGGUCUUUAUGAUGGAGAAGUGUUGGUUUGGGACACCAGCUGCACUCAAGAUAUUGUGUCAUGGGUUCCACUUCAGAAGAAGGGUGAGUUUGGGAUACUCAGUGCUUGCUCUGGAGGCAGAGUCCUCUUGUGGAACUUGGAACAAAGCAGCCUCAUCCUCAACACAGGCUAUGCUUUGGAUUUGCAACAAGUUCCACAUGGCAGUAGUGCUGGCCUCAAGACUAGAGGCAGUAGUAAGAUUGGGGUCACUGCUCUGGCUCGGUCUUUCUAUGAUUCCGACACAUUCUUGGUAGGUUCAGAGGGAGGCCUGCUCCUCAGAUGUUCUUUUUCAUCUCAGAAGAUCGCAAUGGUUCCUUCUGAGGGCCAGAGUUUUACACUGAGAGCUCCUGCAGUCUUUCCAUUUAAAAAACAUCGUGGUCCUAUUCUCACCAUACACUGUUCCCCUUUCCAUAGAAACCUGUUUGUAAGUUCUGGUGCAGAUGGACUUGCACACAUCCACUCUCUUCUCCAGACCAGUCCAGUGCUUUCUGUCAGAGUCUCUGACUCAAACGUCUUUCAGGUCCAAUGGUCUCCAAACAGACCUCUGGUCUUUGCUGCUGCAACCAGUUAUGGUGAGGUACAUAUUUUUGAUCUAGAAUAUGGAUCCUUGAAACCUGCUGCUACCAUUGAGAUGGGCGGGAGAGGUCAAGCUGCGACUUGUUUGGCAUUUAACCGUCGGAUCAGUAAUCUCUUGGCUGUGGGGAAGACGGACGGCACAAUCAGCAUAUGGCAGCUGAAUGAUGAUUUAACAGUGCAAGACCCCAGAGAAAUUGGUCAGCUGGAGCAGCUAGCCAAAAACGUGUCAGAAUGA